AGGAAGGCAGACACUAAGUUCCUAUUGGUCAUUAAAAAAAUUGCCUGAGCCUACCUCAAGUUAGUAUAAAUACUGGCCUGGCUUCCCACUUGCUUCCAUCCAAUCUACUUUUCUCCGCAAGGUCUUUGCUUCUCUUUUAAGAAGUCAUGUCUGGACGCGGAAAGCAGGGCGGCAAGGCGCGCGCCAAGGCCAAGACGCGCUCGUCGCGGGCCGGGCUGCAGUUCCCCGUGGGCCGCGUGCACCGCCUGCUGCGCAAGGGCAACUACGCCGAGCGGGUCGGCGCCGGCGCGCCCGUGUACCUGGCGGCCGUGCUGGAGUACCUGACGGCCGAGAUCCUGGAGCUGGCGGGCAACGCGGCGCGCGACAACAAGAAGACGCGCAUCAUCCCGCGCCACCUGCAGCUGGCCAUCCGCAACGACGAGGAGCUCAACAAGCUGCUGGGCAAGGUGACCAUCGCGCAGGGCGGCGUGCUGCCCAACAUCCAGGCCGUGCUGCUGCCCAAGAAGACCGAGAGCCACCACAAGGCCAAGGGCAAGUAAAAGCCUGCAGCAGCUCCAACCAGUUGAAACCAAAGGCUCUUUUCAGAGCCACC